GAGCCGAUGCUCUGGCCCGAGUAUGGUGACACGCCGGCGGACGCUCGAAGUGCGCGACUGCGGCUUUGUACAUCAACGCCUGAUUCGACCCCCAAGCGACGUCAUUCAGGCCAGUUGGUGCGCCAGUAAGCGUCUGCGCUGGAGCAGAAACUGCGGACACCGCCAGCUGACUCAACCCUUAGCAUAUGGAAGAUCGUGUAUCAGAAUGAACUCUACCCCAACUUUAUUGAAAGUGGCGAAAAUUCUAUAGUGCCUAGUGCAUGUACAUGAAUUGCAAUGCUGCGCUUAAUUCUGUAGAUCGGGCAGUUAAGCUUAAAAUACUAUCUUCUUCUGGAGUACCACACCUCUUACCGUUUUCUGUAAUAUUUGAGGGUGUACUAUGCGUCUGGAGCAGCUGCUGUACAAGGCACAGGGGCAUGGCGUGCUUCGGCGUCCGAGAGCGUGGGCAGCAGCGCUGCACAGUGCACUCAAACUAAUCUUUUGAGCCGAGAGUGUGGAGCGGCGAUUUGUGCUGGAAUGUGUUGGUCGGAGACAUAUUGAAGGCUGCUGGGACAGGUCGCCCCGGCGGCGGCGGCGUACCCGUGACGCUGAGAAGUAGAGCGGACCGGACCGGUAGCGUAUGCGGAAGGUGCUCCCAGUACCGACUGCCAGCAGCCUCUGAGCGGCAGCCAGCGCCUUCCCUGUGACCGCGAGCAUGGAGCGCCAGACAGCGCCUCCCGCCGUCACCGCCCACACGGCCUCUCUGACUGCGGGCGGCCGGGGCACGGCGGCGGUGCCGUCGUCGCUGCACUGCACGAGCCCGGCCAUCUCGCCGCAGGUCCGGUUUCAGGUCACUCAUUCAUCGUCGGGCCGCACCGAGCGGGAGCGUCGCAGAACGGCGUCCUCCUGCUCGUCGCGCUUCAGCGACGUGUCCUCGCCGGACGACGACUCGCUGACUCUGGAGCGGCACGCGCCGGACGGCGGAUGGGGCUGGGUAGUGGUGGCCGCUUCCUUCGUUGUCAACAUGAUCGCCGACGGAAUCGGCUUCUCGUUCGGUGUGUUUUUCGUCGAGUUCCUGCGCUCGUUCGGGGCGUCCAAGGGCACGACGGCCUGGCUGGGUAGCAUUUUCCUGGCGCUGCCGCUGCUGCUCGGCCCGCUGGCCUCCUCGCUGGUGGACAGGUUCGGCUGCAGGCGGUGCACCGUGGCCGGCUCGCUGCUGGCCUCCGCCGGCUUCCUGCUCAGCUACUUCGCCAACUCGAUGGAGCUUCUCUUUGUGACCUUCAGCAUCCUGCCCGGCAUCGGCCUGUCCGUGUGCUACGUGGCGGCCGUGGUGAUUGUGGCCUACUAUUUCGAGCAGCGCCGCUCUUUGGCCACCGGUAUCAGCGUGUGUGGCACGGGCGUGGGCACGUUUCUGUUUCCGCCGCUGGUGGAGCACCUGCUGCAGGAGUACGGCUGGCGCGGUGCGCUGCUCGUCCUCUCCGCUAUUCUGCUCAACGUGGCCGUCUGCGGUAUGCUGAUGCGGGACCUCGACUGGACUAAGCGCAGCCGCCGAGAGCGCUCCAGUCAGUGCACGCUCUCGGCGGACGGGGACUCGGAGCGCUGGACGGCCGACUCGGACUCGCUGCCGGACGUGGAGCGGCUGCGGGGCGCGCUGGCCGCUCGGCCGCCGGCCGCUGAGCAGCUAGAGCGGCUGCACAGCUCGGCGCUGCAGCUGCCCACAUGGCUGGCCGACGGCGACCUCUCUCCGGAGGUGCUCAACACGAUCGAGUCCAACCGGAGCCUACGUGAGCUGGUGAGCCGUCUGUAUCCGCAGCUGCUGACAGAACGGCCGGCUGGCCUCACCACCUAUCAGAGACUCCCGGCAGACGGCGGCGGCAUCAACACGAGCUCGCCAACCGGCGAGGGUGUCCCUGAAGGCGACGAGCUGCAGGGUUGGCACGGCCUGCUGGAUGCAGAGAGUCCGGCUGUGCUGGCGGGUAAAUCCGGUGGCGACCGGCGGCUGCGUCACCUACUGCCGCCGCUGAGCUGCGACUCGGCGCCGUCGGCGGCCCAUCUGCGCAGCCGCAGACUGCGGCGCCAGUCGACUACGUACCGCGGCGCCAUGCUGAACAUCCAACGCUACCGACCGAGGGCCGCCUCAUGUCCGGACAUUUACUCGACGGUUACCGCCGCGGCCGGUGGAGAUGGCGAGCACUACUGCAGCUACCUGGGCGGCGUCUGCGGCACCCUGCGCAAGAUGGUUGACCCCGCCUUCUUCCGACUGCCCGGCUUCGUGCUGUUCGCACUGUCCAACUUCGUCUUGUACAUGUUCUACGACGUGCCCUACGUCUACCUGGCCGACGACGCCAUCAGCAGGGGCGCGUCGGACGAGGACGCCAGCAUGCUCAUCUCCGUCAUCGGCGUGAGCAACGUCGUAGGCGUGGUAGGUGACAUCCGAGUGGUGGGCGACGUCCGAGUGGCAGAUAUCUCUGUCUGGGCCUGGGGCCGUAUUCACGUCGACUUCGUAAGUCGAUUUUCUUUUGUAAGUAGUAUUUGGUAUUCACGUCGACACUUCUUAAGUUUUUAUCGACGAAGCUCACGUGAUUAAAAAAUUUGCUUAAUGGGACCCUCCCACCUUCAAAAAAGUUAAUGAAUUGGCAUAAAAGUGAUGUCCCUUGGCUGG